UGGUUGUUGUGGUGGAGCUGUCGGAGGUCUUACUGGUUCAGUGCAUAGGGCGGGGAGUGGUUGACGUCCUGCGUUCUAAUGUGGUAUUCUGAAGUGACCGCGACCUGCUGUGGGGGUCGCAUCACCAGAGGAAAGAGCACGUUUCUUUUUUUUUAAGCGCUCCAACACGCAAAUAAUAUAAUGUCAGGAUAGAAACACAGAUUUCGAGGCUAAUUCAGACGCGCAGGAAAUUAUGUGGCGUAGGCCUGUCGCCUAACUGCGAGUGCGAGUAGAAACUGUUUCUCUGUUGUAUUACUCUAUAUAUGCAGUAGCAGCAAUGCCGGAAGGUUUUUUUUAAUUAUUCGAGCCGGUCUAAUAGUGGGAAGGCUACACCUUUCUGCUUAGUUCCAGUGGCUGCUGGCAUGGAAAGUUUAUGCGCAAUUAGGAUGAAGCAGGAGACUUCCCGAAGUGCAUCCUAUACUGUGGAAUGUGAAGACUACGUGCAUGUGGUAGAAUUCAACCCAUUUGAGAGUGGGACCUCAGAAUCGCUCAUUGCAUAUGGUGGCAAUAAUUAUGUGGUUGUUGGUACCUGCAGGUUCCAGGAGGAGGAUGCAGAAGUUGAAGGAAUGCAGUAUAAAAUGCUAAGGCUCUUUCAUCAUGGGAUUAGAGUUGAUGCCAUUGCAUGGAGUCCAGAAACUAGACUUGAUGCUCUACCUCCCCAGAUACGAUUUUGUACUGCAGCUGCGGAUAGGAAGUUAAGGAUAUUCACUUCGGAUCUCCAAGAUAAAGAUGAAUAUAAGAUUUUGGAUGGCCAUUCAGAUUACAUUAAUGAUUUAGUAUUUUCACCAAAAGAAGGUCAGGAAAUUGCAAGUGUGAGUGAUGACCACACUUGCAGGAUCUGGGACUUGGAAGGAAAUUUGAGAGCUUACUUUGUUCUACGUUCUCCUGGAAUGAGUGUGGGCUGGCAUCCUGAAGAUGCGUUCAAGUUGAUGGUUGCAGAGAAGAAUGGAACGAUACGAUUCUAUGAUCUUGUUACACAUCAGGCCGUUUUGUCUCUCACAACUGAUCAAACACCACUAAUGUCAGCAAACUGGUGUCUAAGAAAUACUUUUAAAGUUGGAGCAGUUGCUGGAAAUGAUUGGUUUAUCUGGGACAUAACUCGAUCUAGUUAUCCUUUGGAUAAGAGACCUGUCCAUGCAGACAGAGCCAGAUUAUUCAGGUGGUCCAGAGUAAAUGAAAACUUGUUUGCUACAACCGGCUACCCAGGCAAAAUGACCAGCCAGCUUCUAGUUCAUCAUUUAGGACAUCAUCAGCCCAUUCUCAUCGGUUCUGCACCUGUUGGAUCUGGCUUAACUUGGCAUAGGACACUUCCAUUAUGUGCAAUGGGAGGAGAUCAUAAACUUUUUUUCUGGGUGACAGAAAUGUAAAGGUGUAUACAAGGUGAUUGGAUAUUAGGGUGAGGAGAGGUGUUAAAUUCACUUAUUUUAUAUCACUGUUUACUAGCUAAAUGAUACAGGCACCAAAUGACUACAUGCAAAGAUCAAAGAGCCUUUGCUGUUUUUCUCUCUCAAGGCUACAGAUGCAUCCAGCUCCAUCAAAGCAGACUUUUUGUCGGGGGGAGGGUGAGACAGGGAGUUUGUAAUAAAACACUGCUGUCUGUCUUGAGCAAAA